CUUUUUGAUGAAACUCAGCCACGAGACUGUGACAAUAGAGCUGAAGAAUGGAACCCAGGUCCAUGGAACUAUCACAGGUAUAGACCCUGCCUCCUCUGUCUGGCUGAAUAAUGGCUACACCUUCACUUAGGAGGAGGAUUAUUAAGAUGCCUCCAAAUACACUGCUCAAAAAAAAUAAAUGGAACACUUAAACAACACAAUGUAACUCCAAGUCAAUCACACUUCUGUGAAAUCAAACUGUCCACUUAGGAAGCAACACUGAUUGACAAUACAUUUCACAUGCUGUUGUGCAAAUGGAAGAGACAACAGGUGGAAAUUAUAGGCAAUUAGCAAGACACCCCCAAUAAAGAAGUGGUUCUGCAGGUGGUGACCACAGACCACUUCUCAGUUCCUAUGCUUCCUGGCUGAUGUUUUGGUCACUUUUGAAUGCUGGCGGUGCUUUCACUCUAGUGGUAGCAUGAGACGGAGUCUACAACCCACACAAGUGGCUCAGGGAGUGCAGCUCAUCCAGGAUGGCACAUCAAUGCGAGCUGUGGCAAGAAGGUUUGCUGUGUCUGUCAGCAUAGUGUCCAGAGCAUGGAGGCGCUACCAGGAGACAGGCCAGUACAUCAGGAGACGUGGAGGAGGCCGUAGGAGGGCAACAACCCAGCAGCAGGACCGCUACCUCCGCCUUUGUGCAAGGAGGAGCACUGCAAAAUGACCUCCAGCAGGCCACAAAUGUGCAUGUGUCUGCUCAAACGGUCAGAAACGGACUCCAUGAGGGUGGUAUGAGGGCCCGACGUCCACAGGUGGGGGUUGUGCUUACAGCCCAACACCGUGCAGGACGUUUUGGCAUUUGCCAGAGAACACCAAGAUUGGCAAAUUCGCCACUGGCGCCCUGUGCUCUUCACAGAUGAAAGCAGGUUCACACUGAGCACAUGUGACAGACGUGACAGAGUUUGGAGACGCCGUGGAGAACGUUCUGCUGCCUGCAACAUCCUCCAGCAUGACCGGUUUGGCGGUGGGUCAGUCAUGGUGGGGGGUGGCAUUUCUUUGGGGGUCCGCACAGCCCUCCAUGUGCUCGCCAGAGGUAGCCUGACUGCCAUUAGGUACCGAGAUGAGAUCCUCAGACCCCUUGUGAGACCAUAUGCUGGUGCGGUUGGCCCUGGGUUCCUCCUAAUGCAAGACAAUGCUAGACCUCAUGUGGCUGGAGUGUGUCAGCAGUUCCUGCAAGAGGAAGGCAUUGAUGCUAUGGACUGGCCCGCCCGUUCCCCAGACCUGAAUCCAAUUGAGCACACCUGGGACAUCAUGUCUCGCUCCAUCCACCAACGCCACGUUGCACCACAGACUGUCCAGGAGUUGGCGGAUGCUUUAGUCCAGGUCUGGGAGGAGAUCCCUCAGGAGACCAUCCGCCACCUCAUCAGGAGCAUGCCCAGGCGUUGUAGGGAGGUCAUACAGGCACGUGGAGGCCACACACACUACUGUGCCUCAUUUUGACUUGUUUGAAGGACAUUACAUCAAAGUUGGAUCAGCCUGUAGUGUGGUUUUCCACUUUAAUUUUGAGGGUGACUCCAAAUCCAGACCUCCAUGGGUUGAUACAUUUGAUUUCCAUUGAUCAUUUUUGUGUGAUUUUGUUGUCAGCACAUUCAACUAUGUAAAGAAAAAAGUAUUUAAUAAGAUGAUUUCAUUCAUUCAGAUCUAGGAUGUGUUGUUUAAGUGUUCCCUUUAUUUGUUUGAGCAGUGGAUAAAGAAAGACAAAGUCAAGUAUAGGGUGUUGUAGCAGGCACAGUCUAAACCAGGGAUCUCCAACCUUUUCUGGCAUGUCACAUGCUGCUAAAUCUUUUCCCUAGCCAUUAAGUAGGCACAUUCUUCUCCUCUCCCCUGCAACUCUUCCCCAGGUCCUUAGUGUGAAAGAGAAAGUAGUGCACUGUUUUCUGCCAAUAUACCUGGUAAAAUAAUGGUUAAUAAACAACUCUAAGUGGGCCCUAUAAAAUCUGUGAACCCCCCCCAAUUAUCUUUCUCAGUUUUUAUUUUUCCUGGUUUUAUUCUUUUUGUUUUUCACUCUCAAAAUAACAAUUGUUCGUAGAGUAACAAUGCAAUUGGAUGUUCUGAGUCAUGUCAAUGCUUAAAUCACAUCAAAUACCUUUUUAUUUAUUUAUGUAUUUAAUUUUGGUCUGGAAGAAAACUAACACAUUUAGAUUUGUUUUUGUAAUUUCCCUUUAACUGCACAUCUGGCCAUUUCUUAAUUGCACAUCUAGGAGUGAGGAAUGUGCCGUCUAGUGAUGGUUCUGUACUGUUGCUGCUGAUUUCAUGGCAAAGUUUGCAAAUAAUAGAUACAAAUGAUAUACUUCCUCAUGAUAUACUUCUGCCAGGUAAGCCUACUUUGGAGUUAACAUUUAAUUGAGAAGGUUUUGGAGAAAGUAUUUCUGUCAACCCACAAGACUGGUAUCACACCACACAGACAGAUGGACAAUAUUGCUGGAAAUUAAUUGGCAGAUAUUGUUAGGUUUGGCUUUUUAAGCCAAUAGUGGCUAACCAGGGGUGGGAUAAUGUAAAUGUUGCAUUGAAUAUUAACAAUGGUCAUUAACUGUGUGUCCCAGGUGUGGAUGUGAGUAUGAACACUCACCUGAAGGCGGUGAAGAUGACUCUGAAGAACCGUGAGCCCACCCAGCUGGAGAGCCUCAGUAUCCGUGGGAACAACAUCAGAUACUUCAUCCUGCCGGACAGCCUGCCGCUGGACACCCUGCUGGUCGACAUAGAACCCAAAGUCAAGUCCAAGAAGAGAGAAGCUGGUGAGUACACAGGGGAGAGCGGGAUGGGGACUGAGAGCAAGGGAUGGACAUAGAGAGAUGGUGGGGAGGGAGAUGGACAUAACCCAAAGUCAAGUCCAAGAAGAGAGCGGCUGGUGAGUACACUAUGAAGAUAGGAUAGGGGGAUGAGGGUGUGGGGCUGGUUAGCAUAUCAGUCGAAUAUCAGAGGUUAUUUUCCAAUGCUCUCCUCUUCCCUCUGGCAUUUUGAGGAGGCAAUGCGAGAGGACGCUAUGAAUCGAGGAAAUACUUUUGAGAUUCAACCUAAGGCUGCCUAGAUCAGUGCUGUUCACUCCUGAUCCUGGAGAGCUGUAGGGUGUGUAGGCUUUUGUGCCAGCCCAGAACCAACAUAGCAGAGUUGGCUAGCCAAAUACUUUUUGAUGAAUUCAGUGAGAUGUUCUAUCGCUUGGCUGGAACUAAAACACACUAUAGCUGUUCAGGACCAUGAGCAAAUACCAGCAGUCUAUUGAACUACUCGUUUUGUAAAGUUGUGACUAGGUUGAGUAAUCGUGUACUAGAAUGUGGGGUGGCACGCCACAGCAGCCAUAUUGAAAGUUGGAGGUUGUGAACUGUUUCGUAGCCACACUGGUUAGAGGUUUCAUAAAUCCACAGUAGUUCUGUCUGAGUUAGUUGGGUGAGUUGCAUAGCAUUUAUAAUGCCUAGCUUCUGAUGACUGCGGUAUCACCUUUGAAGAUUUGCUUAAUCAGACCUAAAUUAAAACUAGCAAAUCAGCCUAACCUGAUAUUAGGCAAACGCUGUUCCGUAAGAAACGACUCCCAACAAUGAGCUUGACAAACAAGACCUGAGGACAAGAAUGGGAGAGUCAAAGUAUUUGUGGUGCAUAACUCAUCUCUAAAAAAUAUUAUUCUGUUAUCUCCCUCUCCUCCCUCCCUCUCCUCCCUCCCUCUCCUCCCUCCAUUUCUCUUUCCCUCUCCUCCCUCCAUUUCUCUCUCCAGUGGCUGGGCGUGGAAGGGGCAGAGGCAGAGGGCGUGGCAGGGGGAGGGGCCGAGGCAGGGGAGGGCCCAGGAGAUGAUCGCCAUGACUACACGGCUGUCAGUCAUGUCCUACUGUUUGUACAGCAACGUCUUUGUUUUGUUGUAAUUUUUCGGAGGAAACUUUUGUGAAUCCCGAGCCUGGUUUUUGUUUCUUAUUUUGUAUGUUAAAGAUGUUCCACAUGGCAGAGAAGUGUCU